AUGGGGGCAGAAUGGAAACUGAAUGAUGUCAACUACACGUCUAUUAGUGAUUUUCUUUUUGCAGGCUUUCCUGGAUUAAUUCUGGUCCCAGAGUUAUUAGGAGUGACAUUUAUAUUGACUUAUUUUCUGACAUUGUUAGCCAAUAUCUUCAUUUUUUAUGUAAUUAGGAAACAUGAAACGCUGCACACUCCAAUGUUUAUUAUCAUCUGUAAUCUUGCUGUUUCUGAUGUCAUAUAUAGCACAGUCAUUAGUCCUAAAAUUAUACAAACUUACCUUUUUGGUAACCGAACUAUAAAGAUACAUUUAUGUUUAGUGCAGAUGUACUUUUUGCAUUUUGCAGGGUCGGUUGAUUCCUUUAUUCUUUUAGUCAUGGCAGUAGAUCGUUACGUGUCUGUAUGUUACCCUUUACGCUACUCGACUCUAAUAACAAACACAGUUGCUCAGAGGAUGUGCUCAGUGGCCUGGGUGCUGGGAGCUGCCAAUCCUCUUCUUAUAGUGAGUUAUGCUUCUAUUCUUCCUUAUUGUGGCCCUAAUAAGAUCUCUCACUUGUACUGUGAAUACGGUUUAGUGGUUCGACUUGCCUGCACUGACACAACAUUUCAUCUACAGAUGGGAAUUUCAGUAGGGUGUUUGGUGCUACUUUGUCCAUUUUUGCUGAUUUUGUUGUCAUAUUUAAAAAUAAUCAUCUCAGUCCUGAAGAUUACUACAGUGAGUGGCAGAACGAAAGCUGCUUAUACUUGCAGCACCCAACUUAUUGUGAUUACCAUUUAUUUUCUACCUCGAGUAUUUGUGUAUAUCGCUUUCACGGCUGGAUUUUCAUUGCAGGGUGAUCUCCGUAUUGCUUUAGGUAUCAUCUACUGUCUCCUGCCUCCUAUCCUGAAUCCAAUCAUCUACAGCUUCAGAUUAAAGGAAAUCAAACAGGUCAUGUUUAAAAUACUUAAACACAAAGAUAUAACUCAACUUCCUUCUUUAUCAUAA